ACAUAUUUGAGAGAAAAUGGCGCCGACUCCUGAGGUUACAGUCAGCAUUUUAUGACCAGGAGUUCUUUAUUUAGUCAUCAGAGAUUCAGACUCAGAGCAAGAAGUUAAGGGGAAAAUUGACAGAAACAGUCAUUAUUAGAAAAAAAAGGAAAUAUUUAGAUGAUUAGAAGAGAACCAUGUCAGCGGGUUUGAGACAGAAAGUAGGAGCAGGAUUGAACUGGGAUGAGCUAGAAAAGGUCCAGUUGUACAACAGUGCACCACAGCCUCAGGGAGCCAUGGAUGAAAAAGGCCAAAAAACAACUAUAUUGUUUGACGCUGCCAAGAGAGAGGUGUUUACUCCAGCUAACGGCUUCAAAAGCCUGAACAGGAAGCUGCGAUCUUCGUGGAAAAUCACCACACACAGGGAUGAGAUUACAGAAGAGAAGAUAGGGCAGGCCAGGGUCUUCAUACUGGGAGGACCCAGGGAAAAGUUCACCGCGGCCGAGUUUGACAGUAUCAAGAGAUAUAUUGAGUCAGGGGGCAGUGUUCUGGUCAUGAUGGGGGAGGGCGGAGAGACCAAGACAGACACCAACAUCAACUUCUUGUUGGAAGAUUAUGGCAUCAUGGUCAACAAUGAUGCUGUGGUGAGAAAUCACUACUACAAGUACCAUCAUCCAAAGGAGGCCUUGAUAUCAAAUGGAGUCCUCAACAGAGAGAUCAGUCGAGCAGCAGGGAAGGCAGUGCCUGGAUCAGGGGGAGAAGACUCCAAUGUAUCACAGGGUUUAACGUUUGUGUACCCGUACGGAGCGACCCUGAAUGUUGCUAAACCAGCAGUGCCAGCCCUGUCCACAGGAACAGUCUGUUUCCCACUCAACAGACCCAUCCUGGCACUGCAUCAGUCCAAGUACUCGAGAGGAAAGCUUGCAGUGGUGGGCUCAGUACACAUGUUCAGUGAUCAGUAUAUUGACAAAGAAGAAAACAGUAAGAUACAGGAUGUGUUGUUCCAAUGGCUCACCACAGACAACAUCAAGCUGAAUGCCAUUGAUGCUGAGGACCCAGAGGUUGCAGAUUACAACAUGUUACCUGACACGGCCAGACUGUCAGAGAGGCUGAGAGUCUGUCUGCAGGAGAGUGAAGAGAUCCCACGUGACUUCACCCAACUGUUUGAUGCUGGGAUAUACAAGCUGGACACCAGUGUCGUUCCAAAAGUCAUCAAGGCUUAUGAGACGUUGAAUGUGAAACACGAGCCUUUAACUCUCAUCACCCCCCAGUUUGAGACCCCCCUCCCUCCACUGCAACCUGCGGUUUUUCCACCAGCAUUCCGGGAGCUGCCUGCCCCAUCAUUGGACCUGUUUGACCUGGAUGAGGCUUUCUCUUCUGAGAAAGCCCGACUUGCCCAACUUACCAACAAAUGUACUGACGAUGACCUGGAGUACUAUGUGCGUGAAUGUGGGGACAUACUAGGAGUUAGUCCCAAGCUUCCCUUGGACAGCAGGGAUGCCAAGCACAUCCUGGAGCAUGUCUUCACACAAGUCGUGGAGUUCAAGAAACUCAACCAGGAUCAUGACAUGGAUGUGGACACCAGGGCACAUGGGCCGAUGAUGACAGACUAACCACAGAUUUGCAUGGUUCCAACAUUCACAAUUGGCAGAAACAACUAUCGCAGUAUCAGUGCACUAGUACUGUAUGUAAGAAGUAAAACUGCUGUAUAAAGCAAAUCUAGAUGUAAGAUAUUUUCAAUUGUCAGCUGUAUCUAAGCAAAGUUGGUUGCACUUCUUCUAAAUUUGUAAAAUAUCCUAAGUUUUUUUUUCUUUGAAAUGAAGAAACUACCUGCUAGAUCUACAUAUACUAGUAGAUGAUGAAAAUGUGAUCACAAUCUAUGUGGCACAUUGUGUUCACUGUACAUUAAAUGCAAUGCAGUUUGUUCAUUUUCUUUACUUUUGUUCAUUUAGCAUGCAUUUAUGUCUAUCAAAGUUUUAUAUCACUGGACUUUGGAGUGGGGGUACUAAGAUUUCCAACCUAUUCAUAAAUGAAAGCUAUGUAUAAUAUUUUGUACUUAAUUGCCCAUUCAUGGAACACCCUAAAUUAGACAAAGAUAUUAUUUGUAAGAUUCUUCAAAACAUUCGGCAAAAUUUUCAUUCCCAAAGAUUUUGUCACUAUCAAAGUCACCUUCAUUUACAUGUAUAUCUGCCAUUAUAUAUGUAUUCAAUUAAUUUACUGCAUUUGGUGUGACAGCUUUGUGUAAGGUAGAAGUUUCUUAGUUUAUUCAAAAUUACACUUGUACUGCUAACUGAUCUGGGAAGUUCUCAUCCAUUAUGUUAGCAGCUUUUCUGCUAUACGGUGGCUCAGAAAAUGUGUAAAUGAAAUAUGUUGUAUAA